AUGUCGGAGCUGUCGGAGCGGCCGCCGCCGUGCCACGCCGCGUGCUCGGCGCACGCGCUCCCGACGCUCUUCUCGGUGCUGACGUUCGUGCUGCUGCCCGGGUCCGUCGUGGCGCUCGUGGAGGUGGGGGACGCCUACCUGCUGCUCUUCCUGGGCCAGCUCCUGCUGGCCGUGGGCGCCGUCGAGUGGAGCUGGCUGGCCUUCCGCAUCCGCCAGCGGCUGCUGCUGGCCGUGAAUCUGCACGAGGACGCACAACAGGACGCAGGACUACAGACACAGACUCAGACAGUACAGACACAGGCGCAGCAGGCGGAGGAGGACGCGCGCAGACUGCGCGCGCUGGAGGACCAGCCCCUCCGGAGAGAGGACCCCAGGGAGAGCCUGCUGAACGAGGCCAUGCGCGCCAAGAGCUUCGCCAUCGCGCCGCUGGCCGACAGGAUAUGCUGCGGGCGAUGGUACGUCGCCGCCUUCUUGCUGGCCACACUGGGCGCCGUCGUGAGCGUGGCGCUGGCCUACGCAGUAGAGAGCUCCGUGUUCGACGGCAGCAACCCGGCCUCGGGCUGGCGCAUGAUGGUUGGGGCGUCCGUGGAGGCCGCCUUCGUGUCUAUUUUCUGCAGCUCGCUCGCCCCCUCCGGAGCGGACGCCGUCGUGCUCAUCGUGUACCAGGCGUGCGUGCUGGUGGCCAGCAUGAACGCGUACUUGAAGCUCCAGGUGGACGUCAUCGCCUCGGACGCGCAGGUGGACCCGCUGUUUAUCAUCUUGGCCGGCGCUAUCAUCAUCAUCGUGUUCCGGGUCGUGACGAGCAAGGUCGUCAUGCAGAGCCUGUUGCUCGUCCUGUGUGACGUCCUCGGCCUCGUGUGUAUCGUGUCGCCGCUCAUCGCCUUCGCGGACUUGAUCGACCAGACGAUGAACCAGUCGUUUAGGAACCAGCUCGCGCUUUUCGUGCUCGUGGUGUUGUCAGCUGACGUGGGGGACAGUCUCGCCAAGGAGUUGCAGCUCAACUGGCCACAGGUUUUCAAGUGGUGUCGACAUCCUCUUUUGAAAUCGGAAGCCACCACAAAGGACGUGGAAGCGCUGGCCAUCUCGCUGGCAUGUGGUGCAAUUAUGAUUAUGGCUGUGCGCCUGGGCUCGGGAGGAUCGGAUUUUAAUGCUGCAGAAGUGAUCGUGCUGUUUUGUGCCAUCGCGUUGGGGCAAUGGUGUCGACUGUGGAUGGCUCACGUUCGGCAGAUGGCCAAGGUGACUACGUCGGCGUUUUAUUUUCCAGAGGGGAGUCGGACGUGUGGCAUUCUUGAUCGAAUGUCUGUGUUUCUCGUGGCUAUCAUUGUCUACUAUCCGUACAUCAAGCAGAAGUACUUCUCGUAG